CUUCAUACUAUCGAGACUACGAACAGUCUUCGCUAUUUACUUUCCGUACCAAGUAUUCGAAAGUAAACAGAACGAAUCGGUGUUACACAGUGUUACAGUGAGAUUGUGAUUGUGUUUUAUUGUUUUGUCUCGGACACCAGUGGUUUUUUUGAAAAAAGUAUUGUUUUGUAACCGCAUAUAGCUGUUGAAGUAACAGUAAGAAGUUCGUGAAUGCCGCGACGUAUGGAUGGCGACGCACGCCUGGCGGUUGCUCGCCCUCCUAUUGGCGGGUACCACUCUUGUUCUAGCAAAAUAUGCUGAACUAGAGUCAUGGAGAGGCGGUGGCAGGCCGGUGACAGCGGCACAGGAGGAAGAAGACGAGCGUCACGACGCUGAAAUGCUCGCCGCUGUCAAAUCCUCCUUGCAGCAAUGGGAGAUCAAGAGAUCGCGCACAAGGACCAAGCGAUCACAAGGAAGUAUAUGCUAUGGCGAUUUUGGCUGCUUUGACGACACGGGUCCGUUUGCAUACUUGGAGACAUUGCCGAGUCCACCGCAGGAGGUCGGAACAAAUUUUCUCCUAUACUCCACAACCAGCAGAGGGGACCAGCCGCUGGUUGCAGUGUCAGCGAGUAAUAUAUCUGCAGCAUGGCAUUGGGCAGCGCGGGCGUUCGAUACAGAACGUCCCACCCGUGUCAUCGUCCACGGCUUCGGAUCCAACUGUGACAACGUCUGGGUGUAUGAAAUGCGGUCCGCUUUGAUGGCAGUGGAAGAAUGCAAUGUUAUUUGCGUGGACUGGGAAGGCGGUGCAUCAAUGCCAAAUUAUCUCCGCGCUGCAGCCAACACAAGACUCGUUGGCAAACAACUAGCUUUGCUGUUGGACGGAUUAGCUCAACACAUUAAUUUGCGAUUUGAAGACGUUCACCUCAUCGGAUUUAGUCUGGGAGCUCAUGUGGCCGGAUUUGCGGGAUCUGAAUUGAAGAAUAUCAGUCGUAUAACAGGUUUAGAUCCAGCGGGCCCGCUUUUCGAGUUUCAAGACCCAAGAGCACGGUUGGACAGGUCAGACGCCAAGUUCGUGGAUGUCAUUCACUCUAAUGGAGAGACCUUGAUAUUAGGCGGGCUGGGCGCUGCACAACCGCUUGGUCACGUCGACUUUUACCCAAACGGCGGGCGCGUACAACAUGGCUGCUCUAAUUUGUUCGUAGGUGCAGUAUCGGACUUGGUCCUGCCGUGGGCUGGUGCUUCACCCGAAGGUCGCUCAUUGUGCAACCACCGGCGUGCGUACAAAUUCUUCACAGACUCCGUGUCGCCUAAAUGUCAUUUCCCUGCAUUCCCUUGCUCAAAUUAUGACACCUUCGUGGAGGGCAAAUGUUUCCCGUGCGAUGGUGAUCGUCGCUGCGGCAACAUGGGCUAUUACGCUGAUCGCUCGCUCGGUCGCGGCCAGCUGUAUCUCCUUACCAGAGAGGAGGAACCUUUCUGCGCCCACCAGUACCAUGUAGCGUUGUGGGGCGGGCACGAGGCCGGCGAGAAGCCAAACUAUGGCCGCGUUACACUAACACUACACGGCGACUCCGGAUUGAACGAAUCUUUCCCUAUGACUAAACGUGAAGAAAGUCCAAGAAGCGUCCGCUUUGGUCGCGUUCUGGUGCCACACCCUGCGCUAGGGGUGCCGCUGCGAGCGUCGCUGCAUUACGCAGCCUACAACGGAUGGCUCAGCGCUGGAUUGCGCGCUAUACGCUUUGACAAACUCCUCAUUACCGACAGCUUCGGGAAGACGUCAUCAUUUUGCAAAGCGUUGCGGCUAAUGUCAGAUGAAACAGUCCAAAUGCCGUUAUACCCAGGAGAUUGCCAAAUACAGCAGAUCGAAGAACCGACCAACACCACAACUGACGAAUCUUCUGUCGCCGUUAACGUAAAUGCAUCAAACACUGCUACAGAUGACCCUCAUGAUAACGAAUUGCCUGAGGAUCUUCCACAUAGGCAAUUUCUACUUGCUGACGAUUGGGAAAAUACCGCAGAUACGGGACGCGCUUUCGGCAUGACAAAUACUAAGACAGCGCCCAGUGGGAUUGUAGAAAUUGCCGAACCAGUGCUACGACCUCGACCUCGCAAGACACCAAGACAAAGGUCCGACACUCCUGACAAUAUCCACGAAAUUUCAGAACCACUUCUAAGAGCCACGCAACCCCCACGCACCACAACACAACCGCCAUCUCGCAAACCCAAAAACUAUGACAUAUCAACACCACCUAGCAAAGAAGCAUGGGAUGAACGGGCAGAAAAAGAGCAAACAAGUUUUGCCGUACAAUUCCUACCAGCCCGCUUAGCAUCUUUCAUUACCAGAGCGGAACGUUACGCUCGAGAUACUCUAUUACCGUUGGUUUCAGCGUACGCCCCGCGUCUGCCUAUAUUCGGAUCUCGAGAAGUUCCAAAAACCACCGCAAGAUAUAUACCCACAGAAGAGAUUAACGUGACGAGUUCUGUGCCAAUACCGACGCCAACGCUGGAAAUGAAAAUUGAGUCGCUUCGAAUAUUUGGACCACCUGGUGAAAAACGUGAAUUCGAGACUCCCGAGGAACCUGACAUACCAGUUGUUAUAUCAACAACAACCUCUUCUACAACGCCUGUUACAACGACCACGGAAAUGGACAGGUUAUUAGUAGCCCCAAAGGAGAUGUUACAAGUGGUCGAGGGACCCGUUGCGUCGACAAGCACAGCGCUUCCACCAGUCGCUUUACGUAGUGAAGGCGAAAAAAUACUAAUUGUCUAUCCGAUCAACGCAAGGGACGAGAGAAAGAUCAAGUCUCACUCGUUCCCCGAAGAGAUGCAGUUUGAAGCACUUUACAGACAUACCGCUGAGCCAACAGCUGUUAGAGUUGAUCUGCCAACGUUCACUCCGCCUACUUCCACAGAUAAACCACCGCAAUCCGCUAUUUCAACCACCAGCAUCACACCAUCUGACUCUAGAUAUUAUCCCGUACCAUAUUCAAAGAAACCAGAUGACAAACAAGAAGCUAAACUGAGCCGAUGAAUAAACAUAGCGCAGUGUGGUUUUACCGCAUAUAUACAUCAUACACGUUCCUGUGUAACUGGUUGUUCUUCAAAAUUGUAUUAAAUCUUGUAGUUUUUUUUCUAAAACUUUAUACUAUCCUGCAUUCAUUUUUAUAGUGUUCGGAGAAAAGAGAAUAAUUUAUGUUAAACCAGUUUAUUGCUGUG